AUGGCGGAAUUGAAAGUCGCAGCUAGUGGCAGAGUUGGUGGUAGAUUAAGCUCAGGGCGGGGACUCGGGUCGGAAGGCGCAGCACCGCCGGAGCCGCACGCGCACACGAACCUGAGCGCGCAGACCACGUCUCCGCGCAGGCCGCCGCCGCAGCUGGCGUUUCCGCGCUCUGUCUCGGGCCCCGCGAGUGCCAACCUCUCCGCCUCGCCGUCGGCGCCGACACUCCCGGCCCGACAGCAGUUUCCGUCUUCCAAGUCACUCCCCACGUCCCACGACCCUCCAGUAGUUCCUUCUGACGAAUCUUCCGCGACUGCCGCGGCUGUUCAGAUUUCCGCUGCUGCGCGCGUUUCCGCCAGUAGCGGUACUAGUAGUAGCUGCGCUGCUGGCGCGAUGACCGCUUCGCGUGCCGAAUUAGUAAUCGUCGUCGAGCCGAGCUACCCGUUCACUCCUCACCCGCCGUCCUUUCCGCCGUCGCCGACUGCUGCGACGUCCCGCCUCCGGCUCUCCCGCUUCCGAAGCACCGCUCCUUCCGCCGCUCUCGCCGCCGUCGCUGCUCCUCCCGCUUCUGCUGCCGAUGCCACGUCAGCCACUGCCUUUUACCCAGCAGGCCACGUCGACAGCAGCAGGCCCGCCCACACUCGUCCCCGCCCCAACCUUCGAGUCGACCUCCCUUCGUUACAGUCACAUUGCGACUCCCUCUCUACAGACUCACAGUCAAACCGCUCUCCUGAUUCUUCCCCCGCGCCGUCUCCGCCCUUCACCGUCCCCCUCAGCGCGCACCGCCAGCACCGCCUGCUCCUUCACCGCUCCUUCCCCAUCUCUCCCUCCCCUCUCCAAUCUGAACCGUUGGAUCAGGGGGGCAGGAUGCGAUCCGACGGCCCUAGCCUGCCUUUCCUGCUUCUUCACCAAACCCAAGCCACGCGUCUGCAGCACCGGCAGCCAUAG